GCGAAAAUCUUUUCACAGAAGGUUUGAUAUUAAUGCUCAUUUUUGUUUAAAGUUAUUAAGAUAUUUUCACGACAUGAAAUUUAUCGAUUUCCUAGAUGACAAACAAACUAACGUAGAUAUCGACAAGCUUGAGCCAGAUAAUAAAACAAAAUGUCAAAAACCAAUGCACCUCUACAAACUCAUCCACAGUGUUAACUCCGCAUGCGAUAAGAACAUCAACGAACUUAAAAAACUAUAUUCCAAACACAAAAUUUUGGGAAAAGUAGAAACUUUACGGGUAAUGUUCAGUGAUCACGACAGUCAAAAUGCUUGUACCUUCUCUGUUCCUGAAUCCAAAACGAGAUACAAAAGAGCCGUUAUGUUGUCACUUUUUAAAGUCUGUUGCGAAGAAUGUGAGCACGAUACGAAAGAAUUGUUAUUCUUCCUUGCAGCGGCCUUCGAUAUUCCAAAACUGAGAGAAGUGAUAAAACUAACUGAAAGCGAAGAUUUAAAUCAGAUAAGGUUUUCUGAUUCGGUUAUUGUGUUCACGUUAAAAUAUGGAGACGUUGGAAACGAGAACUUCAUAGAAUGUAUGAAAAUAUUAAUCGAUGCAGGAGUAGACGUCAACAGGUGCGAUGUUAAUGGAAGAUUUGCCAUAGAUUAUGUAGCUAGUUUAUACAACAGAAACGUAGAUGCUAAAAUACUAGAAAACUUAAGAAAACUUGGCAAACUUCUACUAUACAAGAAAAUAUGUGAACCUAAUGAUGCCACCACGAAGUGCUUUAUCGAAAAUGAUCUUCAAAUUGACCUCAUAAGCUACAAUUAUGCCUUAAUGGACCACCGAUUGCAAUUAUUUUUCUGGAUUUCGAAGUACAAAACUGAGGAGUUUUUAAGUUUCAAGAAAAUAGACUGCUAUUCUAAUUGUGAUAAUGGAGAAAACACUCUUCUGCAAUUUGCUGUUAACAAAUCUCAGAACAUGUUACCAAUCGUCGAAUUUUUACUUAAAAAUGGAGCGGAUCCGAACAAAGUAACUGAAGUAAACUUGCUAAGCCCUCUCGAAAUAUCAGCUCGUAACAACUACGAAACAAUUUUCAAAGCAAUUUUAAACUGGAAAGAAACUAGAAUUAGUGAAGAACAAUUCAGUAGUUUUGUCAAGGCUAGAGGUUAUUCCAUAAAGCGAGAACUGUUUGCGAUUUUCUUAGAAUCAGAUAAAAUAGACCCUACUUUUGUUUAUCAAAGAACAGGUAAUACACCUCUUCAUUACGCCAUUCGUCUUUGUCACAAAAACGCUAUUCAGAAACUAUUAAGACGUCCUGAUGUAUGUUUAACUGUCAAAAACAAGGCCGGUAAGUGUCCUCUGGACUUGUUAAAUCCGACUGAUCUAAACAUCUUCCUUGAUUCUUGCUUGGUGUUUGAUAGCAGACGCACAAUAGAUUUUAAUUCUACUGAAUAUACGAUGCAGUUUCGUUUUAGACGUCUAACUGAUGGUAAUUUAACAGAAGUAGAUGUUAUUUCGCUCAUUGGAAAGUACCACAAUCUGGAGCAGCUGCUGUCACAUCCUUUGAUACACACCUACGUAAUGCUAAAGUGGUUCAAAGUCAAAUUCCACUUUUGGAUGAUUUUAUUCCUCCAAGCAAUAAUUUUUUUCCUUUUAAGUUUUGGCUUCUAUAGAUUCCCGUAUUCGUCCCUCGCCGAACACAUCGUCUGCUUCUGCGUGUGUAUAUUCAACAUAGGACUGAAAUCUUGGGUCUUUCUGCGACCUAAAGAUUUUGUGAAUGAUCUACGCGCUCUAUACUUUAGGCCAACAACUCUUCAUGAAACUUGCGAAAUUCUUCUAAUGGUCACUUCAGUUGCUAGUUUUUACCUAAGUGAAUUCCGAGCUUUUAUUUUUGUUGAAAUGGCAAUAAUUUUUCUACUAACUGCUGGUUAUCACCCGAAACUGGCCCACUGGUCGAUUAUGAUACAAAGAGUCUUCAGAACUUUCACACUAUUGUUAAUAUUUUUCUCGCUACUCAUGAUUGCUUUCGCUGCUAGUUUCCACAUCAUGUUUGAAGAUCACCGAUUCUUUACGGCUUUGUAUCGAUCCGUUUUCAUGGCGUACUUCAUGACGAUUGGAGAAAUAAACAUAAGCGAGGUAGACUUCGAAACAACUCCAUUCGGCGGCUAUUUACUUUUCUUCCUCUUCGCUAUGAGCAUGUCAGUCGUUAUAAUCAACUUUUGGACCGGUGUGGCGAUUAGAGACAUUGAUAAGUUUGAAGAGCGUUCAGAAGUAAAUGCACUGAAAAAUGUUAUAGCUUUCAUUUCUUUUAUCGAGAAACACGUGUUUAGUGUCGACUUUUUUAAAAGAUUUCUGCCAAAUCCGCUUUUGUUUCCUGUUGCUGGUAACGAAGAUUAUAUAGUAGACUUCUUUGUUAAUAAAGAUGACCACUUUGAAUAUAAAUAUGAGAAGGUAGGUCAGGUGAGGACAAAAGUGAAGAGAAAUUUUCCUAGACAGUUGAAUAAAGGUUGCUUGAAUAAAAUAAAGCAGCAUUAUUAUAAACAGCAGGGGACCACUAGUGAACAGAAAAUUUUGGCGAAAUUAGAUAGGAUUUUGCAGUUUUUAGAUGUAGCGGCUCGAGAUAAAAAAGAUUUGAUUCUACCUCAGGCGACUCUUACUAAGAACCACUACGCAAAUGUUCUAAAAUUCCAUAACAGUCAACACAGGAUCUGCUUUUUUAUAGCCAGACAUGAUGUCGCCGCCUUGGAGUCUCGGCCUUCUGGAAAAAAUCAAUUUAUAAUCUCCAGACUAAUCGGGCGCCAGUUUGUUUGUUUGGAUAGAGGAGUGAAGAUAUAA